AGCUUGUGUAAGGGUGGCUGCUAACUUUUCUGAAGUUGUGGGAAGUCGGAAAAGAGUCAACUUCAGCUAUUCUCUUUUUUUUUUUAAAUCUGUUUUUGUGUAUUCGUCUUAAUUCUAAGCUGAGUAAAUCAGAUCUGUAGCGUUGAGUCCUGCAACAUGUGUCUGUUUUAAUUUCGACUAGCGGGUGGUUAGUCAGGUAGACAUGCCGCGUUGCUAUCCUGCCAUCCAGUGCUCUCCAUGUUAACUGGGGGCUAAAGUUAUAUUUUGCGUUAACAAGUGAAACCUAAUUUACGGAGUUACAGUUGACUAAUCUUUAUUUGCGAAUAAAAUAAGGUUAUAACUACCUAAUAAAUCUACGCUUCUCUUUUACAAUCUACCUUUUUGGAUUCAACAAACAUGACGCCUGACCUCCUUAACUUCAAGAAGGGAUGGAUGUCAAAACUGGACGAGAAUGGAGAGUGGAAAAAGCACUGGUUCGUGCUAACAGACGCUGGGCUGAGAUACUACAGAGAUUCUGGCGCGGAGGAGAAAGAUGACCUGGAUGGGGAGAUCGACUUGAAGUCCUGCGUGAAGGUGUCCGAGUUCGAUGUGGAGAAGAACUAUGGCUUCCAGAUACAGACCCGGGAGGCGGUGUUCACGCUCUCGGCCAUGACGGCUGGCAUCAGGCGGAACUGGAUCGAGGUUCUGAGGAAGAGCGUGCGGCCCAGCAGCUCCCCGGACCUCACGCAGCUGCCUGACAGCAGUAGCGAUAAGGAGAAUUCCCACUGCCUGUCCCGCCCGCUUUCAUCUCGCUGGGGUUCAACCCGGCAAGCCCACAGCGACCCCAGGUCAGAGGUCACAUCCUCUGCCACCGCGCCGCGCCGAUUCGACUACGUAGAACUGGCUCCCGUGCCAACAGCCUCUCCCUCGCCAGCCGCCAAUCAGAGGGAGGGGUCAGAGCAGGUCACCGGCAGGGAGACGGGCCACAGCCAAUGGGAGGCCCUGCUGCACAGGAAGGAGGCGGGGUCUGGCUCAAAUCAGUUGCUGCGCAUCGAGGAGGAGAUAGAGAAGAAGUGGGCGGAGUUUGAGAAGCUUCCUUUAAAGGAGAUGAGAUCGCUGCCGCUGAUUGGCUCUCGUACUGGCCAUCAAGCCAACGAGGCGCUGCAGAGGGAGGUGGCGUCUCUGAAGCUGCAGCUGGAGAGGUUGAGGGGCGGGGGUGGGGGCGGGGGGCGGGGCGGGUGGGGCUGUGGGCCGGACGCUCCGUGCGGACGCAGUCUGGCGGCCAUGGACAAGGCGCACACGCAGGCGCUGGACGAGACGCAGAGGCAGUACGAGCGCGAGGCCCGGAAGCUGGAGAGGGACAGGGACCGGCUGCUGUGGGAGGAAACGCAGGCCACCGCGCAAGCGAUGGAGGUGCUAAAGAAGGCGCACAGGGAGGAGCUGCAGAGGGAGGUGGAGAGGGUCAGGAGGCUGUGUGGGGGAGUUGCUGAUACAGAGACUCUAAACUCCCAGCAUCAGUCGGAGAUUCACUCCCUGCGCAGGGAGUUGGACAGCCUGUCGGAGAGAUACUCCCAGAAGUGCCUGCAGCUGAACAGGGCCGAGCAGAGCAGUGGGGAGCGGGAGCGGGAGGUCAGCCGCAGGGAGAGAGAGAUGGAGCAGCUGAAGAAGGAGAACCAGGAGCUGCAGUCCCGUCUGAUGGAGGAGAUCAGCCGCAUGAGCACCUUGGUCAAGGGUGAGGGGUCGGAGGGCGUCUCCCCUGACGACUGUGAACGGAACUCCUGUGAACUGGAGGUGCUGUUGCGGGUGAAAGAGAGGGAGGCGCAGUACCUGUACCGGGAGAUCACCUGCCUGAGGAACGAGCUCCAGUCUCUAAACACGGAGAAGCAGACGGCUUGCGAGCGCUACAAGGAGGCCCACGCUGAGCUGGACCUGAUGAAGAGCCGCAGCGAGCAGGAGAUCGAGGCCCUGAAGGAUCGUCUGAAGCUGGCCUUGGCUGCGCUGCAUGAGAGACAACAGCUUGGGAACAGCCUGGACCACUGAGACUCACAGUGACCUGGGCAAUGCGGACAUGGACCCUAAGGAACGAAAAAGGCCUUCCAGUGUAUUGGAAGAUGCAGAUAGUGCCUUAGCUUUCAAUCAAUCAGCCAAUGAGCAGUGAAGACUGGCCUCAGCUGAUCAGUUACAUACACUGGGUCGCCCAAAUAUGAAUCUGCACUUUUUUAUCUUUGGGUUUUUUAUUGUGCGUGUGAGCGAGUGAGUGUCUGGGGGGGAUGGGGUUAUUUUUAAGAAGUACUUUUUUACGGAAGCAUUGUGUCUGUCCCGUGGAUAGGUGCAGUGCAAUGCAAUACAGUACCUAAUUGGACUUUCGUUUUUGUUGUCUUAUGAAUCCAUUGCAAUUUCCACUACAAUUGACACAGAUCACAGAUGUAUUAAUUCAUACCAUUCCCUGAACGAUCAAACCUCCAUAACAAGGGCUUCAAUGUUCGAUUAGUUCCGUAGCCAUGGUUUAUUUUAGGCUGACGGGGCGAAAUGACGAUUCUUAUCAGCAAAUCAUAUAUUUUCUUGAAGGUUUAUUUUAUUUUUUUAACUUUUGGAAAUGUAAAACGAGUAGCCUGAUUCAGAAGUAGAGCUUCUGUACACGGGAAGGAUGUCUUCCUGUCGGAGUGUUUUACAGCUCUCUCUGCACUUAUUCAAUGCUGAAAUACAUUUGACAACUUGUGACUAUGAAUAUGAAUAAAUACUCAUGAAACGGGUCACCGGGAAGGUCAGAGAACCUAAAAUGAAUGCUCAGUCGAUGUAGAGAGGGAGAGCUACACCACUCAUCUCAUUUUGUGCCUGGCAGAUUACAGUGCUUUACUGCGGCUUUCUUGCGCUUCUCAGCUACGAUCCGUUUGGAUGGUUGAAAUAAUUAGUUCACUGUUGACCCCCUUCCAUUUAAAACUGAAAAAGAGAUUGAGGCAUCGCUUAUGAAAUGUCAAACCAGCUGGACCAGAGUGUGAGUGAGUGCGUGAGUGUGCCACAAUGACCUGGUAUUGCUUCAAUGAGCCAAUGUUUUUAUGUGUUGUGUUAAGAGGUAUGAGGAGGUGAUCGACUGGAUAUCUGUCUUUUAUAAGAAUACUAAAAAAUUGACAGAAUUAUUUUUUUCCAUAUUUAAAGUACACAUGUCUAUAUGUAAAGUAUUGUCAUUUUACAGUCAAUAAAAUUAAAUUUGAA